AUGGCAUCACUCUAUAAUUUCAAAAAGAUCGAGCCAGUGCCUACGGCCUCUGACUUUGUCGACAUUAUUUUGUCCAAGACACAAAGAAAGACACCCACUGUUAUCCAUAAGAAUUACAAUAUUGGACGUAUUAGACAGUUUUAUAUGCGUAAGGUUAAGUUCACCCAAGAGAACUUUGAAGAGAAGUUCAAGAACAUUUUGGAUGAGUUCCCCAAGUUAGAGGAUAUCCAUCCUUUCUAUGCUGAUUUGAUGAAUGUUCUUUACGAUAGAGAUCAUUACAAGCUUGCGUUAGGUCAAAUCAACACAGCCCGUCAUUUAAUUGAUCAAGUUGCUAAGGAUUAUGUUCGUCUUUUAAAGUUCGGUGACUCUCUUUAUCGUUGUAAGCAAUUAAAAAAGGCUGCUUUGGGUAGAAUGGCAACCGUCAUGAAGCGUCAAAAGGAUAGUUUGGCCUAUCUCGAACAAGUGCGUCAACAUUUGUCUCGUUUACCUUCCAUCGACCCCAACACCCGUACUCUUCUUAUCUGUGGUUACCCCAACGUUGGUAAAUCUUCCUUCAUUAACAAGAUCACCCGUGCUGAAGUCGAUGUCCAACCUUAUGCUUUCACCACUAAAUCUCUCUUUGUCGGUCACAUGGAUUACAAAUACAUGAGAUGGCAAGUCAUUGAUACACCCGGUAUCUUGGAUCACCCCUUGGAGGAACGUAAUACGAUUGAGAUGCAAUCUAUUACUGCCAUGGCUCAUUUAAGAUCCUGUAUCAUGUAUUUCAUGGAUUUAUCCGAACAAUGUGGUUACAGUGUUGAAGAUCAAGUCAAAUUAUUCCAUAGUAUCAAACCUCUUUUUGCCAACAAGCCUAUCGUGUUGGUCAUCAACAAGAUUGAUCAAGUGAAGCCUGAGGAUCUCCCUGAGGAGCAAAGAAAGUGGAUUGAAGAGAUUGCUGCUGAAGAGAACGCCACUGUCUUGACUAUGUCUUGUUACAACGAUGAAGGUGUGAUGAGUGUGCGUAACAAUGCUUGUGAUAAAUUGUUAGCUGCUCGUGUUGAAAUGAAGAUGAAGGGUAACAAGAUUAACGAUGUUAUCAACAAGAUUCAUUUGGCCACUCCUCAACAAAGAGACAACGUUGCUCGUCUUCCCAAUAUCCCUGCCGAAACCAAGACCAGAGUUAAAUAUGACAAGAACGAUCCUAACCGUCGUAGACUUGAAAGAGAUAUCGAAGAAGAGAAUGGUGGUGCUGGUGUCUUUAAUGUUGAUGUCAAGAAGAAGUACUUGUUGGAAGAUGAUGAAUGGAAAUAUGAUACUAUUCCCGAGUUCUUGGAUGGUCACAACGUUGCUGACUUUAUCGAUCCUGAGAUUGAAGAGAAGUUGGAGGCCUUGGAGAGAGAAGAAGAGCGCUUGGAAGCUGAAGGUUUCUAUCAAUCAGACGAUGAGAUCCUUGACGAUGAAGAAGAGAUCCUCCGUACUGCUGCUGAUGCCAUUCGUGACCGUAAGAAGUUAAUUGUCCAAGCUCAUCGUGCUGCUCGUGGUAGAACUAGACCUACAUUACCCAAGACUACAGCUGCCAAAUUUACUACUGUCAAUGAGAUGGGUGAACAUCUUGAAAGUAUGGGUAUUGAUGCUACAGAUGCUGCUGAACGUACACGUAACGCUGCUGCCGGUCGUAAGCGUACACGUGCUGAAGUUACCCCUGAUGAAGCUGUCAGAGACGCUGAUGCCCAUGAUCGUGGUGAUGCCGAAGCUGAAGAAGUCAGUGCUCUUGGUUUCCGUAACGUUAAACAGAAGCUUGAAGCCGAUAAGCAGAAGCUCCGUGCUCAAAAGCCAAGUGCGCUUAUGGGUAAGCGUGGUGAGUCUGACAGACAGAUUCAAACCAAGAUGCCUAAGCAUUUGUUCUCUGGUAAACGUGGUAUGGGUUCCACUGAUCGUCGUUAA